AUGAAGAAACGUUACGUGGACGCGAGCAGGCUCCGAAAGAUGAAGAAAUUGAAAAUAAGCGAGAGGCUAUCUGAAAGUGCAUACACAUUCCUGAAGUUUAUGGCCAUGUGGAUGUUGGUGCUGCUGGCAGAUUUUCUUUUGGAAUUUCGUCUGGAAUAUCUGUGGCCAUGCUGGCUCUUUUUUGGGAGUGUGUACACAACGUUCCAUUGCCAUGGACUGGUAAUUUGUGUGGUUUUUGUGUGUGCUGCCUUCACACUUGACAUCUUUUGUUUGAUUUUUGUUCCUUUGCACUGGCUCUUUUUUGUGGCCAGCACCUAUGUCGUAUUCAAUUAUAUUUGGCACACAGAGAAGGGCAUCUGUAUCUCCACUGUGUCCCUGUGGAUUCUUCUUGUAUACACAGAGGCUUCGCUCCGACUCAAAGACCUCAAAACCUCUCAUGCCAACCUUUCUCAUCUUUUUGCAGCUCACUGCAUUGGAUACCCGGUGGUAUAUCUGGGCUUUGACGCCACCUGCUACUUCACCAACAUUUUCAAGCUGCGCAUCCAGAAAGCAGUGCAGAGUGACAAUGACUUUCACAUGCACCUGCUGCAACAUUCGCUUCCACCGGGUUUGUCACUUUACCCCAAGAUGGCGCCUGACAUUGGCCACUCAACCUCCAAAUGGAAGUCAAAGACUGAGACCACUCAGUACCUGUGUCAAAACGGAGCUGUUGUCCCCCAAGACGAGUCCCACACCGUAGACUGCCUCCAAAUCCAUAGCGAGGAGCGAGCGCCCGAGAAGGCGACGCAGGAAGUCCGCUCAGCCGAGCCAAGCCGUAAACCAUUGUUGUCCAAAGGCAGCUCGAGUGAGUCCAGAGUGUCGAUCCACAGCUGUUCACCUGGACCAGAAUCCUCCACGACCUCAGAAAAACUACCUCAGGAGGAGCAGGCCAGCAAAGCUUCACGUGUAGUGAAGAACUCCUCACCCAAAGUCCGGGGCACAAACACGGCUACACCUUCACCACCUGCAAGCAGGACAGAGAAGAAACAGCGAAAAACAGUUAGCCCGAACCGGGAAGGAGCGGACAAAAGUUCGAUCGUGGCUCAGAAUCAGCAUGCUGAGCAGCUCAGCAGGCUGGAGCAAGAGCUGCGGAAGUUGAGAGGCGAGCUGCAGGUGAGCCGACACAGCGAGCAGGAGCUAAGGAGUCACAUCUGCAACCUCACCAACAGCGAGAGAAGCCUAAGGCCCGAAGUGGCCCUGCUGCGACAGUCCAACAUGCUGCUGCAGGGCAAGAUCAUGUGCUUGAGCAAAACCAAACAGCGGGACAAGCAGACCAGUGCCAUGCUGGAGAAGAAGACACGGGCAGAGACAGAGGCGAGGCUCUCGCUGGAAAGGCAAGUGGCCGAGCUUCAGGCUCACAGACCCGAAGACGGGGCCAGCGCGGCAAGGACCAUGACCACCAGGCAAGAAAACAGUGAAAGCCAAAUGCUAAGGAAGCGGGUUAAAGAUCUCGAGGCGGACUACAAACAUCUACAGCUGCAGAAUCAAGUUAAAGAGAGCCGUGUACUUGAUCUAGAAAGUGAAGUAGAGUCUUUAGGAAAGUACCGCGGAGUGGAAAAGGACACAGAAAUGCUGCUGUCCACUCUGUCAGCCCUUCAGGACAAGGCUCAGCAUCUGGAGUACAACCUGAGCGCGGAGACGCGCAUCAAGCUCGACCUCUUCUCAGCACUUGGCGAUGCCCGAAGACAGCUGGAGAUCGCUCAAGAUAAGCUUCUGAGGCAGGACAAGGAAAUCAGCGGCAUGAAGCAGAAGAUCGCCGAGGUCAUGGCGGUCAGCCCCGCCGUGUCCUACGUGGCCCCCCGGCCUCCCGUGCCUCAGUACCUCACCAAACUGCUCGGCUCAGAGCGCUACAUGCUUAACCCACGUACCCUCAUGUACCAGUGUCUGAAGAAGUAG